AUGACAUCGCAGAAGAGAGGCGCUGCGCCUCCGGCGUCGUACUCAUUCGGGGAGAACGUUUGGGGCCCGAAUCCCAUCCACCUUCUGCGAGGCGCGGAUCGGGACGAAGAAGUGCCGUUGGGCGACGGCCGUUUCCAGAAGCAAGUGCUGCUGGCCUCGAUGCUCGCCGGAACUACGUUCCUGUUGCACCUGGUGAGCUUUCGACUCACGACGCGCAUCCUGGACCACUGGUGUCGGCACCCGGAAGCGUUCACCAAUUUGAGCAUCCAGGAGUGGCGCAACCUGGCCACGCCCAUCGAAAAGGACGGUUGCCGUAGUCACUGCGCGCGUCGCGAGCCCCCCGACGGCGGCAGUAAGGCGUAUAUAGUGAGCUGUGAAGCCUGGAACUUCGACUUCGCGCCUUACGGCAACAACAUCGUAAGCGAGUGGCGCCUGGUGUGCGACCGGCGGUGGCUCAUCGAGCUGGCCGUGCUGACCUACAUGGUCGCUGGCGUCAUCGCCCUCCCAACAGCAGGAGUCACCGCCGACCGCAUUGGCCGAAAGGCCGUCAUUAACGUGUCGCUCGCUGCGCUGCUCGUGGCCGGAUUCACCACCAGUCUCGCCAACUCGUACCUGCUUUUCGUGGCGCUGCGCAUCGUCGUGUCUGUGACGAGCAACUCCCUUUGGCUCGUCCAGUAUUCGGUCCUCUACGAGGUCUCGACGCCAGCGAACAGAGAUUACUAUUGCUUCCUCUCCAUGGCGGCAGCCUCUGUCGCCAUGCCCCUCUGUGUGCUCGGCAUCUCGCGGAUACGACUGGCCUGGGACGCGACCCACCUCGUCCUCAUGGUGCCCACGACCAUGCUGGCAGCCGUGCUUUCCACGGUGCGCGACGAGUCACCUGCCUGGCUCCUAACCACGAUGGACACCCGGGAAGCCGAGCGUGUCGCCCUGAAAGCCACCCGCAUGAACAACGCCGACACCGAUUUCUGCCGCACCUGGUUUGCCUCCGAGGCGCUCAGGGCUGAGCGUCGGAACAGCGAGCAGCCCUCCGAGCGCAAUGUCCUCUCUACGAUCCUUAAGCAGCUGAAAAGGCGCUUCCUGCUGUUGUGCUACAUGUGGUCUGCGCUAUCGUUCGCCUUCAACCAAGUGAAUCUGAACGACAUCUUCUCCGUCAAGAAGGCGACCGCCGCGGCCGGUAUACUGGGAAUGCUGGCAAUGUACGCCGUGGCAUACUUUUUCAUCUUGCGGUACGGUGCAAAGCGCUCUUGCAUGGUGGCCAUGCUUCUCUUCAGCCUUCUCGCCGUCGCCCUCACUGCUGUGUACGGCGGCGAACAGUCACUGCUCAGCAGCGUGCUCGUCGUGCUUCUCCGCAUGCUGGCCAAUCUGUUUGUAGUGCUCGCCUUCGUUGUGACCGUGCGACACUACCCGGUCAAAGUGCGCUGUACGGGCAUUUGUGUGGGUUUCGCACUCGGCAGACUGACCGGUUCUCUGGGCGAAGUCGUGUUCCGGCUGGCUCCCAAACAUCGCCGAGAUAUCAUGAUCGCCGUCGUUGCUAUCGUAAUGGCGCUGGCCUCCAUGGCAACCGAGUACCUGCCGUCGAGAGUCCCCAGCGUCGUCUUGGCGCCCGCAUCAAUAUCGACUCGCUCCAGAGGAAGCAGUCAGGUCGCAGGCGACGAGUUGAGGCACCCGCUUCAAGCCUUGUUCGCUCGACUGCCCAGGCGCCCCGUAAAGGCGCGUUCUUCCAAGGGACGCCGUCCCAGGGAUGAGAGGUUGCCCGAGCAAUUUUUGCUGAGGGCUUCGAACAUCUCUCAGUCAUCAUCUAAUACGCAGCACUGA